CUAAACGUUGCCAAAAGUGCGCCAACGUCUUGAAACGCUACAAAAUGCAGAGCUCCAUUCAUGGCCAAAAGCAAAUAAACCAUGGUACUGCGUCCAUGUUGACUUCGCAGGACCGAUCGUCGGUCGGUUUCCUCAAUAUACUCGACUCAUACAGCAAGUGACCCGAAGUAUUUCUCAUGGAUAGCACAGCCACCAAUGCUGCUGUAUCAGAACUACGCCAAACCUUUAGCAGAUUCGGUUGUCCAGAGACCAUUGUAACUGACAAUGGUACACAAUUUACUUCGGCAACUUUUACGGAGUUCUGCAGAAAAUGUGCUGUCCAGUACGUUCGUUCGCCGCCGUUUCAUCCACAGUCAAAUGGCCAGGCAGAAAGGUUUGUCAAUAGGCUCAAGCGAGCUCUCUACAAAUCAAAAGGUGAGGGACGUACAGAGGAGGUGGUUGACCAGUUCCUUUUCCUCCACCGAUCAACACCGGAUCCACAAGCGCCGGAUAGAGUUUCUCCGGCACAGGCUAUGAUGAACCGGAAGCUCCGCGUGCCUUUCGUGGCCAUACGGCCGUGCUUAGAGCCCUCGGUUGGUGAAAGAAACUGCAGAAUAGAAAAAGAUUUUAACCGACGGCAUGGAGCAAAGAAACGAUCAUUUACACUUGGACAGAUAUUGCUGGUACGUGACUAUCGGGAAGAUCACGCGAAGUGGACACCAUGGACGGUCAAAAAACAAGCGCGGUAUUGUCAU